AUGGGUAUUCGCCUACAGCCUCGCAGGAGACCACAAGGUAAGCGACCCCCGGGUAAGCUGAAUGUUGCCUUGCUGUCUUUACCCGCUAAUCAUCUUCAUUUCAGCAAUGAGUUAGCUCAACGGCUAGACAACCUUCCAAUCGCUGCCGCCGCCGCCGCUGCCGAGAACGCCUCCGUGGAGAACCGCUGGUGUCAAAUGCGAGACACGGUCCAGUCGACGGCGCUCGCCGUCGUUGGUCGCGCUCCCCGUCAACACCAGGACUGGUUUGAAGACAAGGAUGUCGCCAUCAGAAAACUGCUGGCUGAGAAGAAUCGCCUGCACAAAGCAUACGUAGAUCACCCCACUGAGGACAACAAAGCUGCCUUCUACCGCAGUCGCCGCCACCUACAACAACGACUGUGCGAGAUGCAUUACGCCUGGACUGCUCGCAAAGCUGAGGAGACCCAAGGCGACGCGGACCGCAACGAAUGGAAUAACUCUUUCUCUGCGAUCAAGGCUGUCUACGGUCCGCCGACGAAGGGCACUGCUCCUAUCCUCAGCGCUGACGGCAACACACUCCUGACAGAGAAUACGCAAAUCCUACAGCGAUGGGCCGAGCAUUUCCGAGGCGUCCUCAACUGUCCCUCCGCCAUCUCCGACGCCGCCAUCAAGCAUUUGCCGCAAGUGGAGACCAACGCGGACCCCGACGUUCCGCCAUCUCUCCAGGAGACCAUCAGGGCCGUGCAGCAGCUCUCCAGCGGGAAAGCACCCGGAUCGGACGCAAUCCCUGCUGAGGUCUACAAGCACGGAGGUCCCCAACUGAACGUUCACUAG